AUGCUGUCAGUGGUGCUGGUGUCUGCUCUGGUGAUGGUGACGCAGUCAGCUUUCGUCACCGCUGACCAAUGUGAGCAGAUCACUAUACGAUUGUGCAAGGACCCUGAUGCCGGUUUGUGGUACAACCGAACAAGCCUGCCCAAUAUUCUGGGUCAUGAGACUCAGGACGAGGCCGGCCAGGAAGUGCACCAGUUCUUCCCUCUGGUCAAAGCGAAAUGUAGCUCCAGCCUUCAAGCCUUCUUGUGUCUUGUGUACGCACCAGAGUGUCACGACCCGUCCGUGCCUCCUACAAAGCCCUGCCGCGAACUGUGUGAAGACGUAUUCGCCGGUUGCGAGCCUCUGCUGAGGAAUUUCGGCUUCCGUUGGCCAGCGCGUCUGGAGUGCAGCUCGUACCCGUCGCGGCAGGGCGGGGAGGAGUGCGCGGCGCCUGGCAUGGACCGGGUCGUGCCGACGGAGGACGGCGGGUCCCCGGUCACGGUGCCGCCGCCGGGCCCGGUCACACCGUCAGAGCAGAGCUGUCCGUGCAGCCAGCAGACGGCCUCAGCGGCCCAGUCGGCGGUGCAGGCGCUCACAGACAGCCUGGAGAGGGCGCUCAGCGCCGCCGAGGGGCUGCAGCAGCUGCAGCGUGAGACGCUCAACAUGCAGCAGGCCAACUUGAGGCUGGAGACGGAGAAACUGGAGAUGGAGAUCCAGCUGCUGCGGCGUCGGCUGAUCGGGAACUGA